AUGAAUCCUAAUAGAACUGUAGCUAUUAUUGGAGGUGGUCCUGCAGGAUUGGUCAGUUGUAAAUCGGCAUUAGAGGCGGGUAUGCUGCCAACACUCUUUGAGAAGAACCGAGACAUUGGUGGAGUAUGGUCGAAAUCUAGUGGCUUUGUUUGGGACAGUCUCAGAGUCAACUUUGCCGUCUAUGCAAUGGUCUUCUCUGAUUUCCCUUGGGAGGCAGAUUGGCACACCGGAAACUAUCCUCCACACGUACAGCUCAGCCAGUAUCUAGAGAGAUACGCCAAUCACUUUAACCUCAUGAAACACAUCAAGUUUAACUCCACUGUCACCAGAGUGUACCAGGCGCCUGGCAGUCAGAGAUGGACUGUCCAAUACAACCAGGAUCAGAGUGAAACAUUCGACUGUGUAAUUGUUGCCAGUGGCAAGUUUAAUAAUCCACGUACCCCUAAUAUUCCAGGAAUAGAGUCAUUCACUGGAACCUAUAUUCACAGUAGGGAAUAUAAGAAUCGACAACAGUUCAGAGGACAAUCGUUUCUGGUGGUAGGAGACAACCAUAGUGGUGCAGAAAUAUCAGCGGAUUUGGCAGGGAAUCACGAUGAUGUAUCCGUCACCCAAUUGAUGAAACGUCCGAAAUGGAUCAUAAAAAGAGAACAACCGAGAUAUCUUUUGGAUCCGACAAAGGAACCUGCCGUCGAAGAGGAAGAAGCACCAUCGAAAGAGACCGUUCCCUACGAAUUUAUUCUCUAUUGUAGAAAAUCUAUUGACUAUGACAAUGAGAAAUACAAAUCUCCUGAGGAACGAUUCAUACACAAGAACGAAUGGCUCUCAAAGCUUUGUAGUAAACAACAAACCAAUGAGAAUCUCCGCAAACAACUUCCAAUUCAAGAUACACCGUCCUAUACGAUAUCCGAUGUCUACACUGACCUAGUCUUGAAAGGACGCAUCACCAUUGAAAGAUCAGAAGUCAUCAGAAUCGAUGGAAAAACAAUCCACUUUUCCAAAGGAGAACCAAAGCAGUUCGAUCACAUUAUCUUUGCAAACGGGUACUCCUAUGAAAUUUCAUUUUUGGAUAAAGAUCUACUGGAGGAUCUCCACUAUGAUCCGUCGAACCGACUCAUACCGAUUGCUCUUCACAAAUCGGUGUUUCCACCUACGAAAUGGCAGAAUAUUGCUUUUGUUGGCUGGUAUGUUGGUGCUCUCUUUCCGGUGACAGAACUUCAGUCGCGUUGGGUAUCGCAGGUACUCUCACAACAGAUGAGUCCGCCAACCAGUGAGCAAAUCAACGCUGGCAUACUUGAUGAGCUCGCCAUUCGAAAGAAUCGGUUCAAUCUGAGACUCCCACAUGCAAACAUGGUGGUAAUGGCCGAUAAGAUUGCCUCGCAAUUCGGUGUACUUCCAGAUUUCGAGAGAAUCAAGCGUGAAGAUCCCGAUCUAUACAAACUAAUCUACAACAACUUCUCAUCGCCUGCAAUCUACCGACUGUCAGGUCCAUAUUCAAAGCCAGAACUUGCCAAACAAAUAUUAUCAAACAUCAACAAACAAUUCUAUGAUAUCUAA